AAGUGCUAAAAGUUUCAAGGGAAUUAACUCUAAAAGCAAAGAAAAUAAAAGCUGGUAACUCGUGUGAUGUCAAAAUCGAAAGUGCAUUUCCAACUUCUACUGAUGAUGAUGAUUAUACUUUGAAAGACUAAUGCAUGCAUGCAACUCUGUUAUAAAAGAUGAGACCAGAUCAACAUAAACAAAAGCAGCACACGCAGUAUAAACGUAAACAUGGCAUUCCCAAGAAGGAGACUUCUGAUGAGAAAAAUGAACAGAAAAAGAGUCAUGCUGCCACUUCCGGCAGACCGAAGAAGUCAUCUGGGUUUGGUGCAAAAGGAAAAGACGACGUGAAAUCACAUCAAAAUCGAGAUCUGUCAUCGGAUUCUGAUGAUGAUGUUAAACUUGACACGGUUCCUCUAUAUGAAAAGAAGACGUUCCGCCGGAGAGAGAUUGUUAGUAACUGGAGCCGGUACACGCUGCCAGAGGAGAGUGAAAAUCAACCACAAGCAAAGGGAGAAGACUUCAGCAUUGUUUUAAAUGCAGCAGGUGGUGCUCAGGCACAGUUCCGAUUCAAGGAUGAACAAGAUUGGGAGAGUGAUGUCCCUUGUCUCACUGACACGUCCAACAUUCUGUCUCUGGAUUGUGACAUGCUUGCAGUAGCUAUACAAUGUAUCCCUGUACACGAGCGACUUGGACUAGACGAAGAACUGUUUUCAAAAGAUCAAGUAGAUGUGUUUCAUCAAGAAGCUGACCGAUUCCAAAAGUUUUACAAACAGCUGCCUGCGACUAAUGGUGAAAAUCAUGAUACUGAAAACCUGACAUCUGUACCCAGGUUGAAGAUUUCUGAAAGGGAGACAAAUACUACCGACACGUCUGAUUCUAAACCUGUACUGUAUUCAGAUAGGUCAGGUGGAGAAAAUAUUGUCUUAACAAACUCUCUGAAGACCAACACAGUAACUAAGGAAAACAUCGGUGUGAUUCUGUCAGACAGUGAUAAACAUGUUAAUAGGGAUAUUGAGGCUCUGAGUACAGACAGAGAUCAUGUUUCUGAGAAGGGAACGGAGCACAGACAGUUGUACAAAUCAGUUAACAAAGUAAAGCCUUCAAAAACGGAGUGUGCUGAUGAUGAGCUGGAUUUCCUUCUCUCUAUGGAAACACCACAGAGUCGCAGAACAGAAAUAUCAGUAUCAAGUGACAGACAUUUAGAGUCUGCUAAAGAAAAGCAAUUACAACUAGAAAUGAAGAGUGAUGAACCAGUCCUAACAGCAUUAUCCAACUCUCAGCAGUCGAAGCCUUCUACAAAAUCUGGUGAUGAGGAGAGUUUGGAGGAUUGGCUGGACAGUGUGUUGGAUAACUGAGUCUCCACUUUGUGAAUUCAGUACAGAUAAAAAUCCUCCAACGUUUUCCAGAAUUCUUGAUUUUAACACCUCCCAAAAAAUGUUCAAGUCCCUGCUCUGUUAUGAAAAGCCGACAGGCAUCUCUACUUUUCUAGACCCAGCAAUUUUUCAAAAUGUUUGGUUGAAUGUCAUUUUGAUGUCUGUUUUUAUAAUUGAGAUUAAAACUAAGAUUUCAUGUACACCCAACAGAAAUGGGAUAUAUACCUGAUAGUUGCAUUGUGACAGAAUAUGAUUUUUUAUUUGAAAAGUCACUAGCCACAAGACUAGUGGGUUUGUAAAUUUGACUAGCCCACCAAAAUAAAGCACUAGCCCAAAUUACUAAUCAGUUGUAACAAACUUUAGCUCUAGCCUCGGGCAAGCAGAUUUGUCGAACUGUCUGAAGAAAUGGGAUAUAUAAUUUAUUACAGAACAACAUAAAGUUACUGCAUUUAAGAAGCUGCCCUGUGCUUAUAAGACAACUGAAGUCUGGACCUAAGCUUCCAUAAAGUCUGGAGACUUUAACAUCAUGACAUCACCAUAAUAUUAUAAACUGCAUGCAACAGCUUAAACUUCAAUAGACUUUAUAAGUUUUAUGUGGAUAGGGUCUGAACUAGAAUUUUAAAAGAGACUCGCAUUGAUUCUUUGAUAAAUUGAUUUCUUCAGUCGUAAGAAGUAUAAAUUGUAGACAGUUUUAUUCAUUAGUAUUAAUAUUAUUCAACAAGAAUUCAAUGAAUACGAAAUUAAUAUGGCUGGAACAAUAUUAUUUUAUGUGAAUUACAGCAAUUAAUAAAGAUUAAAAAUUAAA